AUGGAGAAAUCAGUGAAGUCCAUGCCUGCUAGACCUGCACAACAGAGAAGGAAGAGUAGUGAAGUUCAGGGUGACACAUCUGACCAUGAGAAUGAGAAAACUGGUGUCAAGAGUUCAAGCUUGCACAAAGCACAUGAUAGAUCCAAGAAGGAGUUCCAGCAGCUUGAGGAUAUUUAUGCUUUUACAGAAGACACGCCAAAAAUUAGUGUGGCUGCCAAGGCAAAUGUGAACAAAAACCUGUUCAGUGAUACGGACACAGACAAAAUGACGGAGAUUAGCUGGUUAAACUCAGCCAACAGGAAACCCAAGCCCAAAGUGGCAGACUACAGCAGGCAGCCGGUUAAACCCAUCUUUCCGCCAGCUGACUCUGCAUUUAAGUCGCCAUAUACACCUUUGCCUUCACCAAAGCCAGUGAAAGAACAAAUCAAGCCAAAGCGGAAAAAAGCAAUUGGGCGAGCAGCCACGCUUCAGCAGAAUGUCCCAGCUCAAGCCACAGAACAAGGAGAAAAGAGAGAGAAAACCUCUGUAGACACAGCCAAACAACAAAGUGAGAAGAAUGUACAGAAAAAGGCAGAUAAAGGCUUUGCAAAGAUUCUGCGAGAUGAGAGGAAUUAUAAAGGCAAGAAGAUGUCUAGUCCAGAGCAUCUCACAGUGAAGAAGACGUCAUCUGCUCAGGAGUCAGCCAGGAGACAGAAGGAAUCUUGGGCUGCAAGAUUAUCUUCCACAUUUGCCUCGCCUCCCUAUGUUGAGAAGAUGAGAUCAGGUGAAAAACUAACAACCAACUUGAGAUCCAGUGCUACACCUCUCCGUUCUCUGUCCUUCUCUCCAAUUGAAGCCUACUCUCCUCCACUACAGCCUCUCACUUCUCUCAAAGAAAUGCAGGCCUCGUCUCUCUAUAAAACCCCAGGGAAUAAAGGUGCUCUGAAACUGCCUUCUCACUCCAUAACACCUGUUUCCACAACCUCAAGGGGCUCUAAGCGGAAUCCACCUGCUGCACAGGUUGAGCUGAGUCCAGUUCACUCAUUACUGAUCCCAACUCAACCCCUGGAGAAAUCCACCCUGCCCUCCCCACACAUCCCUCCAGACAUCCAGGAGGAGCAGAGAGGUGUGAUGAACAAAACCAGCCCAACAUCUUUUGAAAGAAGGUCUGUCAUUUCUGUGACAAUGAGCCAAUCCUCUCACAUAUCUGUGAGCAACAUGGCCCUGAUGUGCACUGAACUAGAGAAAACACCCGCAUGCCAGAAAGGAAAUAAGGUUGAGAGACUAGAAGUUAAGUCAGGUCCAACAACCGUCCACAAGCAUCUUGCCCUGAGCCACUCCGCUAGUCUUUCAGAGAGAAAUGAGGACAGUGAGGAGGACAAAGAGAAUAAGGCUCCUUCUCCCUCACAGCUAGCUCUGAAAAUGAAGCCCAGGAAGCUGUUUGGGCCUACUAAUAAAUCCUUCACUCCUAGUAAGGGCCCCAAUAUUAAACUGCUGAUGAAGGAUCAGAGCAGCUCAGAGGAAGAAGAGGAGGACAUAGUCACAGAGAACAGGAGAAGAAAGAGAAGUUACCAGAAAGGCCUGAAUAAAAGGGCCAAGGAAACAAUAAUAUCCACCGAGGAAGUGGAGACACUGUCAUCUUGUACGAGGUCCAGUUGCAGGCAUGCCAGUGUGGAGGCAGACAUCGACGUGACCCAGCCUGCUCAGCAGGUGGGCUUUAUCUGCCAUCAGUUCAGCUCAGAGUUUAAGAGGAAGAUCAAGAAUCGCUGCAGGACAAUGGAUCUUUACACCAGGCAGACUUUGAAGACCUUACAGCAGCACAUGUCCUCCGUCAGUGUCCAAGUACACCAGUACAGUAGUCAGAGGCUAGAGAAAGUUAAACAAGUCCUGGUGCGUGAAAUAGCAAACCUGGAGCAAGAUGGCAUUGUUUUGAGAAGCAUGGAGGAGGAAUUGAUGACUUACUGGGAAAAGCAGACCUUGGCCUUCCACGCUUACCAGGAGAAAGGAACCAAGAGAUUGAAACAAAGAACUAAACAGAAACAAACACGUGACAGUAAGUGCCUGUCUUGCUUAGUCUUGUUGUUUUGUCUCAGAUUACAGCAGUUGAAAAGCACCAUUCAGACUGACGUGUGUGAUAGUCUAGAAUAUGAGAAACAAAUCUUCUCUGUGGAGAUGUCUUUGAUGAAGAAGAACAUGAAGUCAAUUCAGGAGUGUUUCUUCAAAGAAAUGCACGAGGAAGAGUUGACGAGUGUGCGAAGAGGACUGCAAUCCUUGUUCUUCCCUGAUACAUCGAGCCACUGAAAUGCAGUCCAGUUCUAAAAACAUCAAAAAGUCCUCUGCCGCUACACUCCGUCAGCCUCAGGAUAAAUAU